AUGGCUGCCCCGCUGCUAGGUACUGCAGUAAUCAUGGGGGCAUCACGAUCGUCGGCCAGACACGAGGUGGCACGCCAAGAACAGUUAUAUCAGAACAACCAGAUGGCGAACGAGCUAAGAAGGCGCGACGAAGAAGAUAGAGAGAGACGUACGCAAGCCGCUAUCGAUGAAGCUAUCGCAAAGGAGAGGCAGCGCGUUGAGCAGGUUCAAGCGGGAGAAAGUGGGACACAAACCGGACGUGUUGAGUUUCCGCCACGAUAA